UCGAGAAAAAAAAAGCAGCAGCAUCCUCAGCUGGUAUGAAUAUAGGAGAGCAGAGGAAGAAAGAGAAUGAGACAGAAGGAAUGAGAGGGUGGGGAGGUGGGACAGUCAAACCGGGAGGAUGAAGAUAAAAGAAGAGGGAAAGAAUGGUGUGAGGAGGCUAAAAGUGGGGCAAAGAAGAGGGAGGACAGCCACAAGAGAGCUCAAAGGGGAGAGUGAGGUGAAGCUACCAGGGAGGGAAAGCGACAGACCAAGACAGAGAGAGAGAGAGAGAGGCAGUAGUAGAACACGUUCAAGCAAAGAUAUAAAUAAAGUGAUAGAAGCAAGAGUGUGUGUUUCUGUGUGUGUGAGCGUGCGUGUGUUUGUUUGUGUCCUGGCUCGCCUCCCGGGAGCAGACACUUCUGUCCUGCCAAAGUUUCACUGGGUCUACCACCGUGCCAGGGUCAAUGCAGACACACACACACACACACAAAAACCAGGGCACGGCAUGGGAUUAGCCACCAGUAGAGAGACAGAACUGGGGAAAUAGACAGAGAGAGAGUGAGAGAUGAUUGAAGGUGAAGGAACUAAUAACAUAGUGACGGUAUUUGAGAAGCAGGUGAGCGCUAAAGAGAACGGGUGAGAGAGAGAAUUGCAGUAAAAUGAGAUAGAUAAAUCAGAGAAAGGCAGAAAGAGAGAGAGAGAGGGAGAGAGAGAGAAAGAAAGAGAGAGAGAGAGAGAGAGAGAGGAGGGAGGAUCACUGGGCUCCGCGAGCAUGCGAGGAUCAGUAGCAAGAGAAUGAGACGGAGAGAGAGAUAGAGAGCGGUAAAGGGUCGGAGGAGAGCGCUGCUGAGGACUAAAGGACUAUCAGGGAUGAGAGAGAGACACCGAGAACAAGCAUGCGGACCAAAGGGGAGGAUGAGAAAAAGAACAAACCCGCAAUGCCCAGAGAGAGAGAGAGAGUCCAUCCAACUUAUCAUCUGCGGGCCACUGGUUAGAGACGGAGAAAAGCCUCGACAGUGAUGUCCAAUCAGAAGUAGCUAAUCUACUCCUCAGGGGGCUGAGCCGACCUGCAGAGGAGUAUGGGCAGGAGGGUGGCUGACCCAACUAAUCCAGUGCCUGCGCUGGGGGUUCCCCUGGCCGGGGGGAGAUGGGGGCCACUGUGCAGCGUCGGGGUGCAAACAUCUCCCGGACUGCGGACUCUCCCCUCCAUCAAACGACACGGCAGCCAACCAAGCAACACACAUCGGCCACUCGCCAUGGCAACAGACAAAACAACGACAGUGGAGACAGGGGGAGUUAUAAGAAGUGACAGCAACAGUCUCCCGGUGUCCAAGGAGACGUCUCAGAACGAGAUCAACAGCCUGACACAGGACGACAUGGGGUCACAGGGGUCAGGCAGCGGAGUUUACUGCCAGAUCAAAACUAUACGGACAAACCCCAAGGACACAAGAGACAAAAGGACAGCUCGGUAUACAAAUGGCAGUGUGGUAGCCUCUGACGCGGUGGGAGGGGUUUGCACUGAGGCCACAGAAGGUAAGGAGCCAGCCCGAGAGAGGAGGAGGGUGCAGUCUCUACGAGGGGAGGGCCAUCGCUCCGUAUUAAAGACGGGGAGUGGUUGUACGACCAUGCAUGCCACCCCACCGCGGCCCUGUCGAGUGAUGGCGAAUUCCCCACCCAGCCUUUGUGGGACAUGUGGGAGGAGACGAUCACAGAUUACACCGUGCACAGGCGCAUGUCGCAGGAAGGCUGUCAAUCAAGUAAUAGCCAGCCAGACUUUACCUAAUCCGCCGCGGAAACCGUCUGUGGCUCAGUCAAGAAAAGAAUGCGCUCUGGACUCUCAGCCUUGCACUAAAAACACGGACACAUCAGUAAAGACUUCUCAAAUACCGCAGCUGUCACACACUAUACCAAAAACACACAGCUCACAUUCCAACCACACGCCAGACGCCCAGAACAAAACAAAAGAGUCAAAGCAGCAGACGAGGCCACGUUCUGCAGACUUCACUCUCUACAAGGACUCAGCCACCCAAACAGCAGACACACUCACGCACAACGAUGCAGACAGGACCACAGCUACCACACACACGCAACGACCACACACACCAUCUGCAGAAGCAUCAGAGCCACCUUCGACCGAAAAACACAAGCAUGACUUGGCUAAAAUCCAGCACACUGAUGAACACACACACCAACACACAUCAGUCCGUAUCACUCCUAAACAUCCAGCUCCUUCCCUUCAAAGUGACUUAAAAUCUACAGACAGCCCACCUCUCCCAGCAACAAACUCUCCCAAACCCGCUUGUUCCAAACCGGCCACCCCUGUAGCGCAAACCAAAAACACCCCCGAGACCACAAACACUCCCAAACAAACAUCCUCAGAACGGAUCAAACUCAAGGACUGCGCAAAACAGAAGAGCAAAUCAUUCGACGACCACACUCUGCCUUGUAAGACUCAUAUGAAAGCACAAUGUAACGGGGCUCCAGGAGGGUUGGUGGUCGGACCCGUGGGGAGCGCGCCACGCGGGCUGGAGAAGCAGCUGCAGAGUGUGGAGGAGAACCUACAGUCCAAUCAGGAGAAGAUCAAGGUGCUUCUCAACGUCAUUCAAGACCUGGAGAAGAGCAAGGCCCUCAGUGAAGGCCGCAGCUCGUACAGAACUGGUCAGGACAUAAACAACUGCCCCACCUGCCAAAAGACAGCCUGCAUCAUCUACAGUGUGGAGCAUGAUUUCCGACAGCAGGAGGGACGCUUCCAGGGGGUUAUGGAGGCCUUGGACGGGGAGAACGAUGUGCCUGCACCCUCUCUGACCAAGCCCACGCUAGCCCCUUCAUCCUCCAGCCGGCCCAGCACCAAGGCCCGUGUCAAGAAACUCCGCAAGAAGUGUUUCUGGUGGCUGUAAGAUUUGGAAAAACCACAACAACCUUUGUGGCAAUAUGGCCCCAAAGUUUUGAAACAAAGGAUCUCUCUCAUGGUCUUGGGGGUGUGCAGUGUGUUUAAGUGUCAUUCAAAUCAGUGGUGGCCUCCUGUGCAUCCCUGUAAAUGACACUUUGUCCACAGCAUUUCAUCCUCAGCAUUGAAAAUAUACACCAGGGGACCAAGUAGAGAAAGAGGAAAUGCACUGAAGAAGGAAAACGGGACCGAAGGAGCUGCUUAACUUUCCUCUCUGAUAUAUCUAAGAAGGAACAGGAUCACCACGACCUCCUCUCUGUGGGAACCAGACUUCAGCGGCUAAUUUGUGAUUAACUUUUGACUCAAAGUGAGGAUACAGUUUUUCCCAUAAUAAUUCCGUAACAGAAAGAUGAAGCAUUGACACUUUUGGAUGUGGCUGUCUAGACAGAUGGACAGAUGUAUGAACGGAUUUAUGCCAAGAUGGAUUCACGCUACAGCCGGGAGAAUGAAUCCUCACAACGAUUUUGGCUAAAUCACAGCCAUAUGCAUACUCUGAAAAUCCAAGCAAUUCAACAACUUAUCGGAAUACUGUGUCUUUGGGCGGCUUGACAGCAAAAAAUUUGAAUGUAGCAACAACUGAAGAGCUAAAGAGCAUACGAGUGGAAAAGAAGCUCUCUGGAAACAAAGAGGCAGCUCGCUGGAUGGAUAUCAGGGUUUUAGAGAGUACAGUGGAGACUGUUAAGACUGUGUUAAGAAUACAUUAAGAGACAAUGUGACUGGCAGCUGAUCACAGACUGACAGGCCGUGUCAGAUGAUUCAAAAUUCUGUCAACAUUGUCUGACAGAGUGAUUGAUUCUCUCCUUUAUUACCAUCCAAAAUGGAAGUGUUUUGAUGUAAGCUCAAUCUUGUUUCAAGGAUUUUCACACACAUGUGCAUACAAAUACAUGCACAAAAAGGCAUACGCUUAAAAGGUACUAACACGCACAUAGAGUAUAAUCACUGAAACACAAGGCAAGCACUCCACACACACACAUGCAGUACAUACACUUGUGAACCAAUGCAAACUAGGGGUAGACCAGUUAUCACUUCACAGUUAGUUAUUGGCCUGUAUUCAUGUUUCAAAGUUGUAUUAAUAUUUGCAAAGCCUGAGCUAAUAAGGCACCUAUAAAUUCUGUAUGAAUUACUGUGAAACUAGCUGUGUAUGUCUGCAGUUUUUCUUAAGUUCAUAUCGCAUAACAGGUGAAGAGGAAUGCUCUGUUGUCGUGCAACAUAUGGAGAGCCCGACUGUUUCAGUUUCAUGUGAUCUAACACCCGCCAACUGUGACUGUUUGCAGUUCCACAGUGAAUACAUACAGUAAAUUACCUAGUCAAUUAAACAGGAAAAUACCAUCUAUUUUAAAAGUUAUUCCACAAUAACAAACAUCAUCUUAUUCACAUUAAAUAUACCAUCGUUUAGGGAUGUCACGAUACCAGAAAUUUAGUAGUCGAUACCAAUAAAAGUGAAAUUCCACGAUUCUCGAUACUCAUUUCAAUGCCACAGUAAAAAAAAAUUAAAAAAAAAAUAAAUCCCAUGUACUUCAACAUACACUCCUUUAUUACCGUCUGCAGCUGUUUUUUGUGAAUAUGUUAAUAAUCCUUGAUGAUCCGCAGCAAGUUUCUUGCCAAAAACAAAAUUUUACAAGAUUACAUUUGAACACAUCAUGAUAAAGUUAUAAUCUACCCUCGCCCAAUAAUCAUAUUUACGGAAUAGAGCUUGAACAUUAUAAUGUAACUCAAUGCAACCUCCAUUAAAGUUAGCGGUUAGCUCCGUUAUUCAGCCAAGGAGGACUGUGCUGCCCACCGGCUGCGAACAGCUAGCGUUUACUAGCUUUCCUCCUGCUGAUUUCAACAUGGAUUUAUUGUUCACAAUGUAGCAUUAUCAGGGAAAUUUACUAUCAUCUCCUGAACGACGGGACCUGUUAGUCUUGAGCCCUGAUCCCCGCUACCUAGGGUACCUGUGGUACUGUAGAAAAAUGAGUUCCGUCACAUUUUCAGAAUUUUGGCAUCGACUUGGUACCGAAGUACCGCUUCUCGUGACAUCCCUACCAUAGAUAAUCAUUACCAUAUCUAUAAACUUGUUCUGUAGCAUUCAGGCCACACUGCCAGUGCUAGCUGGUUCAUAGAGCAACAAAAAUCGAUGCUAAAAACAUACGCAACACAUUUUACCAAAAUGUAAAAUCUGUAUAUUUUCUCAGGUCGACGUACAUCAUCCCAUUUAAAAUCAUAACACAAUUAGUAAAAGAACAUAGUAUUUUAAAACAAACAAUAUGUUGGCAGACAUGUCUUUUAUCUGAAAUUAAAACUCAAGAAUCUGUGCAAAUCUAUCCCUGUUGCAAACACACACCCACAUCAUUAUUUUGCACACACAUAAACACACACCAUUUGCACAAUGCUUAGUUCACUGCAGCUUAGAGGUUACUGAUAAUCUCACAAGUACCUACAGUACUUCAGCUGCUUCUGGCUGACAAGUUGCCACCAAUUAGAGUCCUGGAUGACACCACACUUACUAAUCAACCAUAUCAGUGUGUGAGCUCCCACAGUGCCCCUAUCUUCCUGAUCUUCCUCUUGUAUGUACAAUAAAAGUGUGUAUUUUAAACAAAA